AAAGUAUAUACAUCCACUCACCAUCUCUCCUCCUGUCCUGAUAAUUCAGAAAAACAAAUAAAAAUGAAAUCACAAUUUUUGAUAUCUAUCUCCCUACAUCUUGGCAACUUGAUUCACAUCAGAUUUCUCUCAUCAUCACCAUCACCAAACAUUAUAAUAAUUGAAUACAGACAUUUUCCGCAGCGGCGGUGUGAAAGGAAUCAUACGCCUAUGAAUAUUUAUUGUGUGGAUAUGUAUACAGUUAUGGCGGAAAAUGUUGUGAAACAAUUCGAUUCGUCCAAACGAUCAGAGGCGACUGCGGCGGAACCCGAUUGGUGGAAGCUGCAGCAGGUGCUGCUGGAGAGCCAUUGCAAUGCACUCAUAAACCAAUAGGCCAAAAAGCUGCUUGGGAGGAAAGGAGCAUGAAAGCAAAUGAAAACUGAAACAAUGAGGGGGGGAAGGUAUGGACCUUUUCUGUCCUAUUCAGUCUGUUUUUAUGACUUUAUAAAUGGUCCAAGUUCGUUUCAUCAACUGACUUAAUCAUGUUGAGCAAUUAAAAAAUUCAAAUUAUUGAAAGUUGAAGAACCAUAUUUCAUAUUGUUGUAGUGCUUCAUUUCUGUAUUCAGAAAUGCAUUAUUGCCCUUAUUCUGAGGUUUCCAGAAACAGUUUUUUUAUGGCAUUUUAACAUUUCUCUGGUGUAAUUAUUAUCUCUUAUUUGAUUGUGAACUUGAUUCAUGUGAAACUAAACUUACAAAAGUUACAUUACAUGCAAGCUUAGUAAGAGUUGUAUGAAAUUUGGUUUGUGAAGCUGAGUGAGCUCUAUUUAUUGUCUUGGCUUAUUUUUGAUGAUUCCAGAAGAAAUUAAAUUUGAGAAAUUCAUGAGUGAUUAAAUUUUAAUGAUCCUAGUAGCAGAGGAUGAUAUACAUCUAAUAUAUUUUGCUGCACUUUGAACUUACAGAGCAUAUUAAUGAAUUGUUACUUGAUAAAAAUAAAUUAAAAUUGUUACUUGAGGAUUAAAUUAAAAUUGGACUGUGAAAUUCGUUAGUAGUCAGGAUUCUGGUAAAAAGCAAUUGAAGAUGACUUGCUGCAGCAACAGGGCAAAAUCAAAUGUGAAACUUCCUCCAACUACCUACUGAAUAGUUUCUUCCCCUCAGAUAAAAAAAUAAAAAAAUAUAAAAUAAAAUAAAAGAAACCUAGUUGUUUGCCAAAAUAGGGAAAAUUCCAAGAGAAUUUAAAAGCCUAGACUGUUUUGCCAGCUAUUUAUAACACCCACGACCACCUCUUCAUCCUACCUGUUAUCUGCAUUCUGUGCUUCAGCCCCCAGAAAAGUAAAAAGCAUGAUUUUCUAGACCCACCCUCUCUUCAUCCUUCCAUUUUUCUUUUUAACUUACUGAAAUUUAAGCUCCAAAUUUGAAAAAAUUUGUUAGUUAUUGAAAUAUGAGGGGUAAAUCUUCUUCAUCAAAGUCUAAAAAUGGUGGAGUAGGAACCGAGAAGCUUGAUAAACUGAAUGAGCCUCAUUUGUCAGGUGCUUACAUUCGCAGCCUUGUCAAACAGUUAUCCUCUUCAAGAACCAAAGAUUCAUCCAAUCCCAGCUUAGAGGGAGACGGGAAUUCGAGCAGCGAAAGCUUGUUUGGAAGUAGUUGUGAUGGAUUUUCUGAUCAGAAACAAGAAAAAUUCCCUCCGCCACCUCAACCACACAAGAAGCAAGUGCGGAGGCGGCUGCAUACCAGCAGACCUUACCAAGAAAGGCUGCUAAAUAUGGCUGAAGCGCGGCGAGAAAUCGUCACUGCCCUUAAGUUUCAUAGAGCAGCUAUGAAACAAGCCAGUGAAAGACAGCAGCAAAUGGAGAUAAGUUCUGAAACUCAGCUGUUUGAGUCUCCAUCUCAUCAAUUUUCUUUAGAACAAGAAGACAAAUUGAAGUUGAGGAGGAAUCCAAGAGUUCAUGCUUCGAAUUCCUUACUUCCUGAUAAAUUUCCAAGUGGUUACCUUGAUAAUUUCUCCCACUCCCCUUAUUCUUGGUCCGUUUCUCCGAUUGCAUCACCACCACCACCUGUCCAUGAAAAUUUCAACUUUACACUUCCUAGCCAGACACUUGGCCUCAAUCUAAAUCUUCAAGAUUUUAACAACUUGGACUCCACUUUCCACUGCAGUACAAAUCCUUCAUCAAUUUACUCAUCCUCAUCCCCAUCAACCUCUUCCUCUCCUCUUUCAGCCACCACUCAGGAAAUUCUGUGCAUGGGAGCGCCAGCCUCGGUGGCGGAGUUUGGAGAUUCCGGGUUGCAUCCUGUGAUGGAUGAUAAGGAGAUUGCCGAGAUCAGGUCAAUUGGGGACCAAUACCAGAUGGAGUGGGAUGAUACUCUGAAUCUGGUGAAUUCGGCAUGGUGGUUCAAAUUCUUGAAGGCAAUGGAAAUCACACCUGAGAAUCAGAGUGGUGAGGAUUUCACGAACUACCCAUUUGACGAAGUCACGGAGUUCCCAGCCUGGCUCAACGCAAACGACGGCUGUUUGCAGCAUGUGAACGAUCCUUGCUCGGAUAAUUACUUUGAAGAUCCUGCUUUGCCGUGCAUGGAUAUUGAGGAAAUGGAAGUAAUGGAUGGUGACUGGUUAGCCUGAGAAAGAUUGAUUGAUUGUUUUUUUUCUUGGCAUAAUAAUCAGCUGGAACUCAUAUAUUUUAUUUUUCUAAAUAUUGUAAAAAUAAGACUUGUCUGCCUGUAUGUAACCAGCAGGCGACCCAAUUUUUGUUGAUUGAAGUUGUAAUAUAUAUUAUUCUAUAUUUCCUAGUAGUUUUCAAUUGCAUAAUCCCUUUUUCAA